UUAUUUCAUUGUUACUCAUCAAAUUCUUCUUAUUUUGUCUGUUUAUUUUUCUCAUUUCCUUGAUUGAUUUGUUGUUGACAUCUCAAUCCAUUAUUUUGUUCAUCCAAUUUACACUAGUCCGAUACUUCCAAACUCUUCCUUACAAUAAUGUCUUUGAGGAAUCGUAAACCCAAUGAGCCAGAGCCAUCUAAACAAGGACACAGUAUUUUGGCGGCGGAAAAACUCCAAAAAAGAAGGUGGCGAUUGGCUUUUGAUGUCAUUCGCUUCACCCGGGCUCUUGCCUCUUUGUCAAAGGUAGCUCUACACAGCAACAAAGGACUCUUGCGGUCCCUCUCCUAUGUUGCCAUUGAUGUCGGUGGAGCAUUGCCACAGGAUGAGGCUGCCGAUAUUUUUCUCGACAUUAAUCAGAAGAUACUCGCUACCAUGGUGAAAGAGAAGAGCUUCGAGUCUUUGAGUAAUCUUGGAGGAGUGGAGGAAGUUGCUGUAAUUCUUGGAACCGACAAAAAAAAUGGCAUCGCAGGCAAUGAGGCUCAACUUCUGCAUAGAAAGAAUGUUUUUGGUAAAAACUGUUACAAAAAGCCCGAUGCUAAAAGCUUUUUUAGUUUUGUUUAUGAAGCAUUCAAAGAUACAACCAUUAUCAUACUUCUGGUCUGUGCCAUACUCUCUCUGGCUUUCGGUAUCAAAGAAGAUGGCUUGAAAGAAGGGUGGUAUGAUGGUGGCAGUAUUAUAUUUGCUGUGUUUUUGGUUGUAAUUGUCUCUGCCAUCAGUAACUUUAAGCAGAACAGACAAUUUGAAAAGCUUUCUAACGAGAGUGGUGACUUAAAAGUUGAAGUAGUUAGAGAUGGCAGGCGUCAAGCAGUGUCCAUCUUUGAAGUUGUAGUAGGAGAUGUUGUGUGUUUGAAGAUUGGCGAUCAAAUUCCGGCUGAUGGGUUGUUCUUGAAUGGCCACUCCUUGAAGGUGGAUGAAUCCAGCAUGACUGGCGAAAGUGACCAUGUUGAGAUUAAUGGCAGCAUAAAUCCUUUCUUGCUUUCUGGCACAAAGGUCACCGAUGGCUAUGGUUCUAUGCUUGUUACUUCUGUUGGGAUGAACACCGCAUGGGGAGAGAUGAUGAGUUCCGUUAGUCGUGAGUUGGAUGAGCAGACUCCUCUGCAAGUUCGCCUGAACAAGCUGACAUCCUAUAUCGGGAAGAUUGGAUUGGCUGUAGCUGUGCUGGUCCUUCUUGUUAUGUUGAUUCGUUACUUCACAGGCAACACCACAGAUGAAAAUGGAAACAGAGAGUUCAACCGCGGAAAGUCAAAGUUUGAUGAUAUAAUGAAUUCCGUUCUGAGAAUUAUUGCUGCAGCAGUCACCAUAGUUGUGGUUGCCAUUCCAGAAGGUCUGCCUCUUGCUGUCACUCUUACUCUGGCCUACUCUAUGAAGCGUAUGAUGGUUGACAAUGCGUUGGUUAGAAAACUCUCUGCUUGUGAAACAAUGGGCUCUGCCACAACAAUCUGCACAGACAAAACAGGCACCCUCACUUUGAAUGAAAUGAAGGUAACAGAGUUUUGGGUUGGAAAGGAAGCCAUGAAUGAUUUUGAUAUUGUAGCUGAUGUUUAUGAGUUGUUACGAGAUGGGGUUGGUCUAAACACAAUUGGAACCGUUUACAAGUCGAAUUCUGCAUCAACUCCUGAGAUAUCUGGUAGUCCAACUGAGAAAGCAAUACUCUCUUGGGCUGUGUUGGACAUGGAAAUGAAUCUGGAUGAGUCAAAGCAAAACUGUGACAUAAUCCAUGUAGAGACCUUCAAUUCAGAGAAAAAGAGAAGUGGUGUCUUGCUGAGGAGGAUCAAUGAAAAAGUUGUUCACACACACUGGAAGGGAGCUGCCGAGAUGAUACUGGCCAUGUGUUCACAUUAUUAUGACAGAAAUGGUGCCAUGAAAGUCAUUGAUGGUGAAGAAAGAAUCCAGUUUGGCACAGUUAUCAAGGGUAUGGCAGCUAAGAGCUUGCGAUGCAUUGCCUUUGCUCACACAAAAGUUUCAGAAGAAAAUGGGCAAACUCAUGAGAAGCUUGAAGAAUCUGGAUUAACCUUGCUGGGAUUCGUUGGUUUGAAGGAUCCAUGUCGGCCAGGUGUGGGAAAAGCUGUAGAAUCGUGCAAGAAAGCUGGAGUGAACGUCAAAAUGAUCACUGGAGAUAACAUCCACACGGCAAGAGCUAUAGCUGUUGAAUGUGGAAUACUCAGCCCUGGUGAAGAUUUGAAUACAGAAGCUGUAGUAGAAGGUGUUCAAUUCAGGAAUUACUCAUAUGAAGAGAGGAUGGAGAAGAUUGAGAAGAUCAGUGUGAUGGCAAGAUCUUCCCCUUUUGAUAAGCUUUUAAUGGUACAGUGCUUGAAGGAAAAAGGUCAUGUGGUAGCUGUUACAGGAGAUGGGACAAAUGAUGCGCCUGCUCUCAAAGAAGCUGACAUUGGGCUCUCCAUGGGAAUCCAAGGCACUGAAGUUGCAAAGGAAAGCUCAGAUAUAAUCAUCUUGGAUGACAAUUUUUCCUCUGUGGUGACUGUUUUGAGGUGGGGAAGGUGUGUCUACAACAACAUCCAAAAGUUCAUCCAGUUUCAGCUCACAGUGAAUGUUGCAGCCCUUGUCAUCAAUUUCAUUGCAGCAGUUUCUUCUGGUGAUGUUCCACUGACUGCUGUCCAGCUCUUAUGGGUGAAUCUAAUCAUGGAUACCUUGGGAGCUUUAGCAUUAGCCACUGAACGACCCACCAACCAACUUAUGACAAAACCACCUGUAGGUCGAUCAGCUCCUCUCAUAACCAGGGUCAUGUGGAGGAAUCUUGUUGCUCAGGCUUUGUAUCAAGUAACUGUUCUAUUGAUCCUGCAGUUCAAAGGAAGAUCUCUCUUCAGAGUGGAUGAGAAUAUAAAGAACACCCUCAUAUUCAACACAUUUGUUUUCUGUCAGAUCUUCAAUGAAUUUAAUGCCAGGAACCUGGAGGAGAAGAACAUAUUCAAGGGGCUGCACAAGAACAAAUUGUUCGUCGGGAUUAUUGGGACAACACUAAUUCUGCAAGUGUUGAUGGUGGAGUUUCUCAACAAGUUUGCCAACACUAAGAGACUGAAUUGGGGGCAAUGGGGUGCUUGUGUUGGUAUUGCUGCUAUGUCCUGGCUGAUCGGUUGGCUGGUGAAGUGGAUUCCAGUUUCUGAAAAACAGGGUCGCUCCUUUUCCAAGCUGGGAGGAUCUGCAAAUUGAAGAAUUUAUUAUAGCUACAGUCUGAAUUUUAUUUUUUUAGUGGUCCAAAUACAUAGGAUGGAAAAGAAAGAGGAUUUAUUUUGCCGUUUUAACUUACAUUUAUGUACUUUCUUUGAGAAUUAUAUUCAGUCGGUAAAAGUAAAUUUGUUCAUCCUGAUUAUACAAAUUAUUAUACCACAGAAGUUUUUUUAUUGAA